GAGGCCGGGGCCCAAGCUGAACUCUCAAAGGCCAUGAGUUCUGGACGCGCUCCUCUCAAACUGGCGGGCAUGAUCUCCGUGAAGGUGGACAACCUGCAUGAGCGCACCACACCCAACAGCCUGCGGCAUAUUUUCAAGAAGUUUGGGGAGAUCGGCGAUGUGUACAUCCCCCGAGAACGCUUCACUAAAAAACCUCGGGGCUUCGGCUUUGUUCGUUUUUACAACAAGCGCCAUGCCGAGGAUGCCAUAGAUGCCCUAGACGGGGUUAUGCUGGAUGGCCGUGUGCUGCGGGUGCAUAUGGCACGCUAUGGUCGCCUCCCAAAUCCCUGCAGUGGCAGCCAAAGAGAAAAUCCUUCCUUCAGGUACGAAUGCCGAAGCCGAAGCCGCAGCCGCAGCCGCAGCCGCAGCCCAAGGGAGCAGUACCAGCCUCAGUCUCAGGGCGAGUAUUACUGCAGCCACGAGAAUUCUCCAUCUCGCUUUCAGGAUACACCUCCAGCAACCACUGAAUCCAUCUCUACUGCUUGUUUCGGCUACAGGUUCUCCUUGCUGCCCGUGUAUCUGGGUUUUCCUUACUAA